AGCCGCACUGGCUCAGGCCCCUUCCGUCGCGGCAUGGCCGCGCCAGCCCCGGCGGGCGCGUGCGGCGAGCUGGGCUGGGAGGCCGUGGAGGCCGCCCGCUGGGCGCUGAACCUCUGGGCGCUGUUGCACUUGGCCGUCGGCCAGGCGGAGCUCCGGGCCCUGGCGACCGAGCACUGGGGCGGCCUCGUGGCAGCCCUGCAGCCGCUGGCCCCGCGCCUACGCUCCGAGCAGGUGGUGCCUCUGGAGAACGGCACUGCCUGCGCCGCGGCCGUCGCGGCCGCGCGCCUGCUGGUCUGGCCCUGGCAGUUCGUGCCGCUGCUGAACCAGUGGCUGACCCCCAGGUGGCUGCUCGUGGCCCUGGACUGGGCCCAGCUCGUGCGCGCUGGCUGGGGCGCGCUGUUCCUGGUGCUGGCGCAGCAGCUGCCGUCCGAGCGCGACCGCGGCGCCUCGACCGCUGCGGUGGCGAUCAGGCUGCCGCCGCCAGACUACGCCGGCUACGGGCCUCUCGCGUGGGCCCGGAAGGUCCAGGGCGCCAUGCGCAGGUGGUACGAGAGCACGUGCCCGAGCUGCCAGACCUCUGAGAUCCUGCUGCCCUCUGGGUUCCAGGCAUCGGGCGUGACCAGUCGGCCACGCGCAGACCCGGAGAUCGCAUCGAAACAGUCACGACGUUUUUUUUGGUUUAUAAUUUUCGGCCUCUAGCGGCCCUCGCCGAGCCUCAGGACCGUCAAACAACGACUCAGGAUGAAAAACCAGUCGAGACUUCUGGGGACCCCGCAUGGGACAAGUCACGACAUCGGAUCUCUGGGGAGGGGGUCAGUGGGGAGAAGGGGAAGGCUUCUCAGAAGCACCCCUGCUUCGUAGAAAGCGCGGGCCUCGUCUGUAGAUGUAGGGCCCGCGCCUUCUGAGAAGCAGUCUCCUUCUAAGAAGCCUUCCCCCCCAAACCCCUUUGUGCGCGCCGCCAAACCAGGACCAGGAUGCCUCGUUCCAGAGUGUCCCCUGAACGCUCUAAGAGCGCUGCGGGGCGCUCUGGAACGGCCGCGGCGCCCGAUACAUGCUCCAGGAC